AUGUCCAAACUUCCUUUGAGUGUUCGUGCCACGGACGCCGUUCACAGAGUCUUCGUGUUGGGUCUUUUCGGCAUCACCGCCGUGGGAACCGGAAGCAUUUUGUUCAACAUCUACGCCAACUCUGACUUUGGUGGUAUGAACAAGAACAAGUUGAAGUUCAACAAGGAGGAGUUCGACGAGAAGCGUGCCCAUGAUUCUGAGGAGAAGCAUCAGCGCAAGAUCGAUAUCCUGCAGCUCGAGCCACAGCAGCUUGUGGAAAUCAGAAAAUCCACAGAACAGGAAAUCCAACAUUUCACUCAAUCGCUUCAGGCACUUCAAACGGCUCAGUCCAAGCUCCAGGACUGUGUGAACACGAUAGAUAACAUGGAAGCUUCCAAAGGAGGCGAUUUACUUGUGCCAAUGACGGCGUCGUUAUAUUUGCCUGGAAAGGUUGUUCAGAAAGACCGUUUCAUGGUGGACAUUGGUACUGGAUACUUUGUGGAGAAGGACGCUGAGAGCGCCAGAAAGGUAUACCUGAAGAAGCUCAGCAAGUUGGGCGAUGACUCGAAGAAGUUGAAGGAGAUCUUGGUACAGAAGAACGAGAUUUUGAAUAACCUCACGUUAGUGUUGAGGAAGAAGGUGAUGGACCAGCAGCAGCAGCAGCAGCAACAACAGCAACAGGCGCUGGCAUGA